GAGAGAGAGAGAGAGAGACACUUAGGGGUGUGUCGAAGCAAUUUAGUUCCUCAAGGAAGUACAACUGAACAUUAUGUUAAGACGGGGUGGUGAGCGCUGACAGCAGCGCCACAGGAGGGCUGUUUUUGGUUUCUGAUUCUCCUCAUAGCCAACAUGAAGGGAUCUCAUUAAUCCGACUGUCCUGUGCUGUAAAUCUGAGACAGUGGACACACACAGAGAGAGAGAGAGACAUAGAGUGAGAGACAGAGAGAGAGAGAGAGACGUCUGACAGCUGGAAGGAGGACGAAGAAUCCUCACUCACAGGCAACAAUGGAAACCUUCAACUCCAAGGACAUGGCUGUGAAGGUGCAGAAAAAGAUCCUGUCCAGCAUGGUCACCAAAAGCUCAUUCCAAAUGUUCAUUGACGACACAAGUAGUGAAAUCAUGGAUGAACUGUACCAUGUCUCCAAAGGGUACUCAGGUAAUAAAAGUGAGGCCCAGAAAGUGAUCAAAGAUCUGAUCAAGAUCGCAGUGAAGAUCAGUGUGUUGUUCAGAAACAACCGCUUCAAUGUGGAAGAGCUUGUAGUGGCCCAAGAUUUCAAGAAAAAGCUGCACCAAGGAGCCAUGACAGCUAUCAGCUUCUAUGAGGUGGACUUUACCUUCGACAAGACGGUGAUGUCUGAAAUCUUGGACAGCUGCAGGGAUCUGCUGCUGAAGCUGGUCCACAGCCACCUCACCCCCAAAUCCCACGGUCGCAUCAACCACGUCUUUAACCAUUUUUCCGAUCCAGAACUGCUGAACAAACUGUACGACCCCAAUGGCCCCUUCAGGCCAAACCUCACCAAGAUCUGCAAGGGACUCAACAAACUGGUGGAGGACGGGACAAUAUGAGAGUUAGAAGCAGAUUAAAAUGUUACACAUACACACCUUUUGUGAGUACACACUCAGAUGGACUGGCAAUGUGAAUGUGAACUCACGCAACACUGUUGUCGUUGCUCUUCUUGAAGAACGUUGGAUACAGCGAGUUGAGUCACUGUUUUAAAUGUUUUGAGGUGGCAUUUCAUGUAAUUAUGGAAAAUGUCUAACUAGUCGAGGUGCAGACAACUCGGACUUGAAUAUAAACUGGUUUAUUCUAUAUCACCUUUUGAAUUGUCAUGCAAUGUUGAAUAUCUGAGAUCUUGAAAAUAUUUUUUAUUGAGAACUACUGAUGUGAUGAUACUCUGGAGUAAAGGAGCCUACAGCUGGACACAAUGAACAAAAAGAACAAAACUGCAGACAAUGUGACUAAGUAAUACAGCAGUGCCCCCUAGUGGUCAGGAUGAUGCAACAUCAGCAUCUUGAUUUUUCUUCUCAUUGUCAAAAAAGGUAAUGCAGGCAAAAAUAAAGCAAAUAACUUGUCUGUUUACAAAA